AUGUCUUACUCUUUUCCCCAGUAUAAUAACUUUACACCGUCUGACAAUUAUCAUUCUACAGGUAGUUUAGAUAUGAUGUCUCCAUCCCCUGAAUCGAGUGGGCUAGGGCUGUCACAUUCUCCCCCCAUGGAUCUUUUUCAACAAAGACCCGAUAAUGCGCCACAACAAGGUCAUGAGACUAUGGGAGCAAAUGGACUUUUGAGCGCAUAUAUGCGCCUUGAAGAGCAGAUUAAAUUCCUACAGAACGAUAUUUUACAGCUGCGGAUGGACAAGCAAAUGCUGGCACGCGAGCGAGAUUUACACCAGCGCGUCUUUCAGUUGUAUCACUGGCUUUUUCGGGUGUCUAACUAUUGUCUUCAUAGGGCCGCUUAUAAUAAGCUCGCGGAAUCUCUCUCGCUAACUCUAGACCCUGCCAGCCUCAGUACCCUCUCCCCUCAGUGUCUGCCCGUGAUGCUAAAGGCGAAGGAAAUCACAGUCCCGUCCUACCAUCGUGCUGACUUUCCCAGCGAGUUCAUAUGGACGAAGGAAGACUGGAAGAAGCGCCAGGAGAAACCAUCGACACAGCUUGAAAAGUUGCAUCCGCUGCGCUACGUUGUCGACAAGAAUAACAAGCCUAUUCCCUUGGAGCGUGUCACAGCAAUCCGUACCACAUCCCGACGAGUGUUCGUCGACAUCUGGAACAUCAAGGAAGCGCCCAAAAGCUGGGGAGCUGCAUCAGGGUCUGCCAGUAAGCUGUACUACCGAGAAAUGGUGACAUUCUUCCCUGAGCUUGGCUACUGUGACGGUAACUGGAAAUGCGAUGCCAUUGCGACUGCCAGCUAUACCUCUUGGCGCAAGAAUGAUAUCAGCCGCUUGGUUCGUGAAGGGACUUACAAGCCAACGGCAGAAGAUAUCCUCGACUGCGAUAAUCUCGAGACGCUGGACUCUGACAAUACUGACGGUGCCACUGGCAAUGUGAAGACCAAAAAACGGACCCAUGACUCUGACCCACUUAGCGUCGCAUCAACUUCGAGCAAGAAGCAGAAGCCAUCGGAAAUAUCAGUCCCUGAACACGAAUUGCCAUUGCCAUUGCCAUUGCCAUUGCCAUUGCCAACGCCACCACUACCAGACUCAGACGAGUCACAGCCCACUGACCUUGGCCAUUCUGACAACGUGAAUGAGACGUGUGCAUCCAGGCCCCCCGCCAAAUUUCGUGCACGGCCACUCAAAUUCGCAAACCCGUUUCACGCCGGUACCACUCUUGAACCGACUACUAGUGCAGAUCAACUGCCCUUGAUUCCACCCUCCCCCUCUGAAGAUAUCCCGACUCCGUCUACAGCCCCAGCAGAGAAACCAAUAUCCACACAACCGCCGACCAGUGAACACACACCUUCCAUUGCACUGACCCCAGAACGCUCCCUAGAUCACUCUGACAUAGUACCUGACACCAAUACAUCAACGGCUGUUGUCACCGACCUGAUACCAACUAGUACAACCAUGGUACCUCUACUAGUGGUAGAUGCCUCCGCUACCAGCAAACCUCAUCCUAGUGCGCCAGCAAAGAAGUCAAGGAAGAUGCAGAUCGGGAAAGCACAGAAUGGACGUAACCUAUGCGCACGUGAAUGGCUCGCUCGCAACAAGACUGGAUCAGCAGCCGAAUUCAAGACCUACUACGAUGGACUGUCGGAAGCACAGAAAAAAUCGUACGACGAGCUCGCUGCCAAGAAGGUUGCAGCUGGCGAAUGGCUCCGUUAG